AUGUCUGUGGUGAUGUCGUGCGGGACAGACGCCGGAGCGGCCGUCGUUGCAGCAGUGGAGGAGGAAGAGGAGGAGGAGGAGGAGGAGGAGGAGGAGGAUGGCAAGGGUGAUUCAGAAGAAUUCACAGAGUUAGUUGGCGGCAGAGAGGACGAGGAAGAGACGGGCGAGGGCACGGUGGUUGGUGCAGUUCGAGGGGCGCAGUUGAUCCGCAGAUGUCCAACAAGUCCGAUUCGAGCCCGGAAAGUCCGUUAA